GACACCAUGAAUCCGCCAUCGCAGCCGCGGCCCAAUCGAGCCCGGACUCAUGUCCGCGUUGCAAGCGGUGAUGAGCGACGACGAGUCGCUGUCCCUCGCAGAUCAACUAAAGGCCCUCUUGAAGCGGACAUUGACGAUCCUUUAGCUGACCACACACACAUCGACAUUCCUCGAACAGCCUCACAACGAGUGCUCUCCCCAUCCCUCUCCGAUGCCACUUCCGCUGCCUCCCCCCUCUCGCCACAAGAUGGGUCAGGCACGCUUCAAGACAUGCCGCCCAAGGAAUUCUCCUUCCUGCAAGACCCGUCCGCCUACCACGUCCUCCCCGCAACCACCAUCCCACCCCCCUUUCUAAACCCUCCAACUCUCCCCUCCAUAAACACCCCGAUCCCCUCCCUCCUCGAAUCCGGCCACUACCGUCUUGCUGCCAUAGCUGCCGCCCGCGCCCUCGUAGCAUCAGCCUCCCCUACAGACUUCGAUGCCCUAUUCCACCUCCUACACAUACGCCUAGCCUGCCUCUGUCUCAUCUCCGAGCAUGCCCUCGCAGCCCAAGAAUCUAAAAUCCUCGGCGACCUCAACAGCGGAUUCUACCGCCACCCACUUACAGACGCCCACCUCGUGCCCUGGGACCUACGCCUUCUGACCGUCCGGCUCGCCGCACUCGGCUACGGAGAAUGGCGGAAAGGGAUAAUGGGGUACUACGAGCUCGCACGGGAAUGUCGGGAAAAUAUCUCCAAGGCUGACUCUGUUGCCGAGAAAACGCUCUGGAAAGCGCGCCUGCGCGACUGCGGAAUCCGCGUCGCCAACGUGCUUGUAGAAAUGGGGGAACUGGAAGGUGCGGGUCGGCAUCUAGGGACCCUGGCUACCGCGGACGGCAAAACAGACUCGCAGGAAGCACGAGAAGUCCUGAUAAUGGAAGCCCUAGUUUGGCUCCGCGUUGGAGACGUACGAGCCGCGCGCCGCUGUCUCUUAGCCGCCACAUCUAUCUCCUCCUCGCUCCUCGACUCCUCCCUUCAGGCCCUGAUCCACAUCGCCGACUCCGAAUACCCCGAAGCGGUCAAUUGCUGGCAAGCGCUGCACGAACAACACCCAGAUGACGCAAUGAUUUCGCAAAAUCUGGCUGUGAGUUUGUUGUACACGGGCCGGAUAUCCGAAGCCAGGAAACUACUUACAGAGCUCACUGAUACAAGUCCGCCGUUCCACUCUAUGAUCUUUAAUCUUUCCACUAUCUACGAAUUAUGUACGGAGAAGAAUCGGGACAAGAAAGUUGCGUUGGCGGAGAAAAUGGCGGGCAGGAAGGGAGACGGGACGGUGGGGUGGGAAAUUGGGAACGCAGAGUUUAAGCUCUAAGAACCGGGGAAUAUAUCCCCUUUAGUGUAGAUCUGGCUCAAAACGGCAUCGGCGUUGUCU